AUGCUUGAUCGUCGGUAUCGUGUAUAUGGAUUCACUGGUGCAGGCGUUUUUGGAAAUGUCGUAAGAGCUACAGAUGCAGCAAGAAGCAAUAUACCUGUUGCUGUCAAGAUAAUUCGUAACAAUGAAGUGAUGAGAAAAACUGGAAUGAAAGAAUUGGAUAUACUGCGUAAACUCAAUGAAGCUGAUAGAGAUGAUCGUUAUCAUUGCCUUCAGCUUUUUGGUCAUUUCUACCACAGUCAUCAUCUUUGUCUUGUUUUCGAAUCACUAAGCAUGAAUCUUCGUGAACUGCUUAAAAAAUAUGGAAAUAAUGUGGGACUUCAUAUGAAAGCUGUAAGAAGCUAUACGCAACAGCUUCUUCUUGCUCUUAGGCUGCUUAAAAAGUGCAAUAUUCUUCACGCUGAUAUCAAACCAGAUAAUAUACUGGUUAACGAAUCAAAAAUGACAUUAAAAUUGUGCGACUUUGGUUCGGCAUGUCAUGUAGCAGAUGUUGAAUUAGCUCCUUAUCUCGUAUCUCGCUUUUAUCGUGCACCCGAAAUCAUGCUUGGAUUGCCUUAUGACUUCAGUAUAGAUCUUUGGUCGGUAGCCGUCACGCUUUAUGAGGUUUAUACUGGUAAAAUAAUGUUUCCUGGUAAGUCCAACAAUCAGAUGUUGAAAUUCAUGAUGGACUUGAAAGGGAAAUUUCCCAAUAAAGUAAUUCGUAAGGCUCAGUUAAAAGACCAGCAUUUCGAUCUCAAUUGCAAUUUUUUAUAUCACGAGGUGGAUAAAGUUACACGCAGAGACAAGGUAACCACUUUAUCAGUCGUUAAAGUUACGAGAGAUUUGGAAAUCGAAUUACUGGGAGAGCAAGAGCUGGACAAGCAGGGAAUGAAAAAAUUAGAACAAUUUCGUUCAUUGCUUGAUGCGAUGGUGACUUUGGAUAGCUCAAAACGGAUCACAUGUGGUGAAGCAUUAAAACAUCCCUUUGUUAUUGAGAAAUGA